AUGGUGUAAGUCGGAUUUUUCACGAAAAUUUCCAGUGAAAUCUGUGUUUUUCAGGAAGAAAUCGAAAUCUGUUGGCAAAUCACCGACGAUCACCAAAACUGCGAAAAAGGAUGGGAAAAAAGAGGAGAAGUCGAAAGUGAAGACGAAAACUGUGCGAAAAUCCAGCAAUCCCGAAUCGGCUCGACGUAAAAAGCAGAACAAAGAUCAUAGUCGAGAGCUGACUGCGACCGUAUCAAAUACAACCAUCGAAACACCGGUGAAAACGGAAAAUUCGGCAAUGAAUUUGGUGCAAUCGACCAGGCACAAUGGGAAGAAGCCGAAAGAAAAAUGGGCUGGUGAAGCUGCGGCAAAAGCUUGGGUGAAGACUCUAGAGACUGUGAAUUUGACAGCGGAAUAUGAUGAGAUUAAGAAAAUGGUGGUGCAGGUUGAAAGAUGUCGAAUUUGGCAAGCGAAUAUGAAUCGAAAUAGACAUCCCGAAUAUCGAUGUUUUGAUGAUAAUCGAGUUGUGGUUCAGAUGACCAAAUGUGAUUAUAUCAAUGCUUCAAAGAUCAGUGUCCCUGAUGUGAGUAUUUAGAGAGUUAGCCUUCCCAAAAUGUAUCAUUUUCCAGUUCCCUAAGAUCAGCUACCUGGUGCAAAUCCCGAAACUCGAUCAAAUCGACGCUGUCGAAGAAUUCUGGCGUAUGAUAUUCACCGAACAAUGCUCCUCAAUCCACGUCAUUGCUCAACCCAAAGAGCUCGACGGCGGCAACUUUGCCAAAUUUUUUGCGCAAGAAGCUGGCCAAUACUUCUAUGCCAAUGGUUUUUUUGUGAAUACGAAAAAGGUGGAGAGGAAUCCGGAGGAUAAAAUGGACAUUUAUACAGUUGAAUUGUUGCCCGAUGGCUGCUCGAAUUCGGUGGUUUGUCAGGUUUAUACGCAUUCGUAUUGGAAGGCGCAAGGUGGACCCGAGAAGUUUUAUGCGCCGAUUCGAGCGGCGACGGCGAUUGCGAAAGUGGAUGAGUUGGAUAAAAGUGUGAGUUUUUUUUUAGGGAUUUUAAAAAUAUUCAAAUUCAAUAAUGCUCAAAAAUUUAUAUAUUUGAUCAAUUGUUAGCGAUUUUUUUCGUUGCAAGUUUUUAGUUUUCUCUAUUUUCAAAUAGAAAAAUAUAUCAACAAGAAACUCCCUCAUCACAUUUUUCAGCCCGUAGCCCUGGUCAGUUUUCGUGGAGCCGGUCGAAACGCCUCACUUCUCACACUCGCCACAAUCGUCUCGCAUUUCACGAAAGGCAUCACGCCAAACAUUUCCAAUAUAGUCCACGCCAUUCGCGAUCAACGGCCAAUGUCUGUCGAUAAUUUCACACAAUAUCAAUCGAUUUAUCUGGCAACGUGUUGGUUGAUUAAAGCGAAAGUGACGAAUUGUGAGGAUGUUGCGCAACGAUUGAAAAAGUUUCGAGAGAAGUUUGAAAUGGCGCAAAGUUCGACGAAUGCGACGACUGAUAAGAAUGAAUGA